AGGGACCAUUCACGCCUCUUACAAACGAGACUUGGGCGAUGCUGAGAGAACAGCGUGUUGCAUGGCGUGUGCGUGUGUGCAUGCAGGCGCGGGGGUAAGAUCCUCGGUCCUCAGCGUUUGCCUGGGAUCGGAAGAAAACAGGAUGUGCCCAUAGCUGGAGGAGUGACAAUGCGAGCCGAGCGGGGCUCACCUGCUGGUGAUCUUUGCAGAGGCAUUUGAGGAUCAUUCAGCUCCAGAAGGUCUGUGUGAGGAAUGCUAUCUCUGCCGUGCUGAAAAUAGGAGGCGCCUACCCUUACCGGUCUUGAUUGCUGCCACCGAAAGGACUGUUUUGCCGCCACCGGAGGAAGAAGAGAUUGCUGCCACCGACAAGGUUAUGAGGAUUAUGAUCACAUGUACAGCUCUGCACCACUGUCCACUUGGAGAUGACGGUGACUCCUUAGAGAACACGUGUAAACUCUGGGUUAACAAGCAUUCUACUCUGUUUAUCCAGAAGAAUUGAUAACUGCUUUUGACCAGCUCUCCAUUUUGUUCAAUCAUGUUGUCUCUACCAGCCUAAACCAUUUCCUAAAAUGGUCCUUUUGCUGUUCCUUGCAAUCCUGUUAUUGAAGGAAGAUGUCUGUGGGAACUUCAGGCUUUUGGUUUCUGCACAGGCCAAUGAAAGAAGGGUGGUUGCACACAUGCCUGGUGAUAUUAUCAUUGGAGCUCUGUUCUCUGUCCACCAUCAACCAACAGUUGACAAGGUUCAUGAGAGGAAAUGUGGAGAGGUAAGAGAGCAGUAUGGCAUUCAGAGAGUGGAGGCAAUGCUACAUACCCUUGACAGAAUUAAUUUGGACCCAACACUGUUGCCAAAUAUAACUCUAGGAUGUGAAAUAAGGGACUCUUGCUGGCAUUCUGCUGUGGCUCUGGAGCAGAGCAUUGAGUUUAUAAGGGACUCUCUUAUUUCAGCGGAAGAAGAGGAAGGGAUGGUGCGAUGUGUAGAUGGAUCUUCAUCAUCUUUCCACUCCAAGAAACCCAUUGUUGGUGUCAUUGGCCCUGGCUCUAGCUCAGUUGCUAUCCAGGUCCAGAACUUGUUACAGCUUUUCAAUAUACCUCAGAUUGCUUAUUCUGCUACAAGUAUGGACCUAAGCGACAAAACUCUGUUCAAGUAUUUUAUGAGAGUUGUACCAUCUGAUGCACAGCAAGCACGGGCUAUGGUGGACAUUGUCAAGCGCUAUAACUGGACCUAUGUUUCUGCUGUACAUACCGAAGGUAAGAGGCUAUAUCUUCCCAAAUAAGGAUGCCUAUGAACAACUUUGAUGUGGUUUGAUAGCUCAAUGAUGGCAAUUUGAUGGAUUUUGUUUUGCCAGUUGAUUGUCAAGUGCAUAAACUUCUAUUUCACUUAACUUUGGUUUCAUAUUCCCUACCAGGCUGAGGUAGCAUUGUGUUGAUAACCACUGAAAACAGCUUGAAAUACAGGAUUGUGAGGGCUA